CUAUUAAUUUCUCUGUCUAAGAUCUACGGGUAUUUCAAAAGCCAGAACAAUUAUGGCAGCUGUCAAUGUCAAUUGUCUUAUUUGUUAAAGUUUAAAUCAGUGUUAUAGUUAUAGCUGUUGUUUGUCAAAAUAUGUUAAAUUUUAUUUGCAUACAAUAAAACGUGAAACUCGUUAUUUAGUUUCGGGAGUACGUCAAUGUUUAAAGUUUAAAUAUACUAAAAAAUAAUCCUUAUAUAGUGUGCAGAUGUGUUAGUUGAAACAUGUUAUCCCGGUUUCAUCAUUACCAUGGUUCAAAUAUCAUUUUAUUUGAAGAAAAUACGGUGGCGUACCGCAAAACCAGUUUUGCUCAUGGUUUGACAUUCAGUGAAAAGCCUUUGUUGCCUGGUGAAAUAUUCUUGGUUGAAAUUGAAAAGACAGAGCGUGGCUGGAGCGGUCAUAUGCGACUUGGUCUCACACUGCUCGAUCCUCAGACAGCUGCUCUCGGCGACAAAGGUCUCCCUCAAUACGCUCUCCCUGAUCUAGCUAAUACCGGUAUGUCAUGGAUUUUUCCAAUAUCAAAAUCUCAAAACAAUGUUAUAAGUACAUUCGAACUUGUUAAUCAAGGAACUAGUAGUCGUCGUGAUAGUGAAACGAGACUAUCGAUACUUGGAGACGGACAUAGUGUGCGAACUCCUCGAGGAUAUGUUUCAAAGAUGCUUCUUAGGCCACAGAACCUUACUCAAAAAGGUACACCUCAGGGUAUUUUGCCAAUGGACGCAGGAAGUAGAAUUGGCGUCAUGUUCGUCCCCUGCCCUAAAACUAGUAAGGAUGAACCAGAUCUAGCUGAAAUGCACUUUAUUAUUAAUGGUGAGGAACAGGGUCCUUGCACUAAAACUAUACCUUACAUGAGUGGACCACUUCAUGCGGUAGUUGAUGUUUAUGGAACUACAAAGCAAGUGAAGAUAAUACAACUCUAUGGAGUUAAAACUCUUCAAAAUGUUUGUCGGGAUGCUAUUCUCCAAUAUGUGAAUAAUGGUUCAGUGAAAUCCCUACCCUUGCCACAGUGUUUAAAAGAUUAUUUACUUGCGUAGGAUUUUUAAAUAAGGAACAUUAUAUUGUGAUGACAAUAAGGCUGUUUAAAAAUUUUAUAUUCCAUUUGGACAAGUAUUUAAGUGUUUUUAAAUAUUAAAAGGAGUAGAAUCAACUCAAUUUAUGAUUGCUUAUUUUUAAUUAAAAUUCAAAUCUUUUUAUAAAAUGAGUCAUUGAAUUAUAUAAUAACAUAAUUUUAAAAGGGUCAUCAAAUCAUCAACAUUUGGAGAAAUGAAUUUGAAUUUUUAUGGUUUAAAAAUAUGUUUUUCUCAAAUUUUUAAUUGAGUACAUAGACUUUUUUGCAUUGCUUAAUCUAUAAUUAAUUUGUACAUAAUACAUGUUUAAUAAGUACAUAAAAUUAUUGUCUUUAUCAAAUUAAAGAUCACUCGGUUUUUACAAAAACAUUUAAAUACCAUGCUAUUUGGUGGUGUUGGUGGGUAAAAUAUUCAUCUUAAAAGCAUGUUAUUAUAUUGUAAUGAGGUAAAGAAAACUGAAUAUGUUAAAAUUAUUCUACUAAUUCAAACUAUUACCUACCCUUGUUCCUAAAGUAACCUGACCUAAAUAAAAUUAUAUGUUAAUUUUAAAGUAUGUACAUACAUAUUAUAUAAAAAUCAAAAAGUUGUUUAUUUCAUUUAAGAUAUUUAUCUAAAUGCAAUUUAACAAAAUAUGAUUCAAAUCAUUAUUAUGAAUAAUAAAAAAAUGUAACGAAAAAUGUAUAUUUUCUUAAGUUCUAAUGUUUUUUUAAUACAAUUUAACACAUUGUGUUAAGGAAUAUUUUUAUUCAUCCAUAAAAUGGAUGUUAUUUCGGUAUUCCACUUUUAUUGUCUGAUAAUGUUGCCCACUACCUACUCAAUUGUUAAUUAUACACAAUCUCUAAACUAAUUUAAUAUGACUGAAAUUGUGCUAUCUCUUUCUCUUCUAAGACCAUAGACCAAUUAUUUAAAUCCAAAUAAGUUUAUAGAAAGUGUACUACAAGGUCAACAUCAUUAUGAAUUUGUCAAUAUUAACUUUUUAUUUUGUGUAAUUAUGUUGUUUAAUUAUAUUUAUGAACAUAAUUAUUGAGAGCUAAUUUGAAUAAUUAUGUUUAUAUACGUAAAGAACAAACAGCAAAGAACUAACUUGAAAAAAAAAACAUUAAUGAAAUUGUCAUAAUAUUUUAUUAUUGAAAUUUUCUCAUUUAAUUUUUAUUUUAUAUGAAAAUAAAAUAACUUUAGUUUAUAUUGGCUGUAGAAAAUAUUUUGAUUUUUGUAUUAGUC